AUAUACGCACAUCCACUCCUCCAUCAUGCUCAUCGAGAGGACACCACCUAAGCGUGAUGCUUCACAGCAGCAACGCAUUACGCCAACGCCAUCCACUCCCGCCCAGACCACGCCGCCGCCAGCAGCAAUUACAGCGUCUAAGGCUCAACAAUACGUUUGGGAACCACUCGAGUCGCUCGGCUCAUCACGGAGGGAUCACAAUGAGAGAUUCAUGACAUCCACCAGCGCCGCCAACGCCGCCAACGCCGCCAACGCCGCCAACGUCGCAUCAACAACAUCAUCGUCCAAUGCCAGUGCCAUCAGCGCCUCUCUUCCCCGACCGAGUCCCUCACGCCCAGGCACGCUAUACGACACGGCAGCCAAUCGAGCUGCAAAGACGGGACGUAACGUCGUGCUUGGCGGCGACGUCAACAACAGCGUAACCGCUGCUCAGGGCCCGCGCACCUCGCUCAAUGGCCUGCAAAGAAAGCGCGACGAGGUCGGGAACGAAACGCCCCGAGCUGUGAGGGAGGCCAAAAUUCAGCGUCACAACCAGACAGUAGGUCAUUCUACGCCGUCACGCAGCGCCGUCGUAGAUGUCGAUGCUACGCCCAUUGCCGCCGCUCCUACCAACCACCUGUCAACUUCAAACUCUCUCUCCCAAUCGCGUACCACGUCGCCAUCACGGAUCCCGAUCAGCACGCCCAAGCCAGCUAGCGCAAGUCUCAAGGCAUCCACCUCUUCCUCCCCUUUCAAGUCCUCAGAGCGCAGCGCUGCCCCCUCGGUAAAGAAGCCUAUCGUUCCACCGUCUCCCGCCACAACAGCAGCAAACGACGAAUUUGAGCGUCGCCUCCUCGCAGCAAUGGAGCAAGAGCAAGCGGGGGCGAACCCGUUCUUGGACGCAAGGAAGGCUGCCAUGCGAGAAGAAGAGGUCGUCGUCGCCAGGAAGAGCUUGGCGAUUCAGCAGGCGCAAGAGCAGAUGCAGAGGGAGGAAGAGGAGGAGCGCGAGCGAAUAGAGCAAGAAGAGAGAGCGAGGGAGCAGGAGCGUAGAGGCGAGGAGGAGCGUAGAAGGCAGGAGGAACGUAGAAGGCAGGAGGAAGACAGAAGACGACAAGAGGAAGAGGUUGCUCCGCCUACACCAAAGGCUGUCCUGCUUCGAGAGCCAGUCGUGUGCCGUGAAGAGCCAGCACACACACUCAGCUCAUCCGAGGCAGCAUCGGGACGUGCAAAGCUGCAUUCAGUCGACGCUUCUCCCUCAGCGGCCCAGCCUUCAUUUGAGGUCAAACCCGAGCAGGCCGUCCCAGCAUCUACCCAGGAUGAUGCGCCGCCAUCUGACCCGGCUGCUAUCGUCACGCAGCCCCGCCCAUCCAUCUCAACGCCCAUUGACUGGCAUGCUCGCUGCGCCACCCUCGAAGCCGAGCUCAGAGCAGCCCGAUCAGAAGUUCGCUCUUCGCAGGACCAGAUCGUCCAGCUCCAGUCAGAUUUGGCCGUCGCUGCCUCCGUCCCUGCCGUUUCCGCGGACACCACCGCCCUUGAAGCACUGCGCAGCAAAUACGACCACCUCAAGACGCAGUUUUACGAACUCAAGCUUUCGCGCGACGAUGUGGUACUGCAACACUUGGCGGCUGAGGAGCGCCACACCCAAGUCAGGAUCGAGGCGUUGUUGCUGCAAGCGGAGCUGGCGCAGGAGAGGAGCAAGAAGGAGGAGUGGGAGGAGAGGGAGGAGAGGGCAAAGAGGCGGGGUGAGAAGGUCAAGAGGCUGCAGGCCGACGGAGCUGCCAAGACGACGGCGGCGGCGGCUGUGCGACCGAGGCCGAGUUUGACGAGCAGCACGGCUAGGAGGGCAGCGGUGCCGAUGAGUGCAAGCAAGUCCCCCGCCCUCCCCAGCAGCAGUCGCUCCAAGAUCAGCUCGACCAAUGCGGCAAGUCGCAGCCACCUUCAACUGGCGAGCGAUAUCGCCCCUACCUCCUCGCCCCCGCGAGGUGCGCCAAGCGAAUUCGACGACGGAGACGAGCUGGCCGAGCCGUCACCUGUUCGCAGCAAGCCGGCCCCGGUCAAGGCGGCUGCAAUAUCAUCAACGGCUUCGUCUCGCCUCACCGCAGCGCGCUCUCCGGCCGCUUCACCCGCUAUCAAGGAGACGAUUCGCCCCAUGCCUGGUGCAAGCAGCACUACCGCACGACGAGCACCACCCACCAAGGCCGUCUCAGCCUCGCCCGCGGUUAAGGAGACGAUCCGGCCGAUGCCCUCUGUGGCAGCUACCAAGCGACCGGCAGGCAAAGCUGCCGCUCCGGCCCGCUCCGUCUAUGCUGAGGUGAGCGAUGAGGAAGAAGAUGAAGAAGAGGAGGUCGCCAAGCCGGCAAAAAAGCGCGCCGCCCCUGCGCACGCUGCGCCUGCGCCAGUGAGAAAGGGAGCUGCCCCUCCUCCUCCAAAGCCCAGUGCGACACGCAUUGCCCCGUCCAAGGUAGCUGCAGCGGUAAAGAAGCCGCUUCAGCAGAAGGUGUCCUCCUCUCCUGUGAUGGCCGCCGAGUCAGACGAAGACGAGGAAGAAGAGGACGAUAGUGUGGAUGUGGCUCCGACGAAAAAAAGGGCCGCGGUACCGACAACGAGCAAGACGACCAGCAAGAUCGCAGCCCCAGCAGCAAAGAAGGCCCCAGCCCCAGCAGUGGUUGCUCCGCCCGCGGUCAAGAAGAAACGUCGCCUCCUUGGACCCGGCUCGGGCGCCACUUCCUCGUCAGGCGGCAGCAACGGCCCUUCCUCUUCGCGACCAGGAGGUGACGACGAUGGUGAGAAUCUCCUCAACCCAAACUUGGAGAUCCCUCUCGUCCUCUCGCCCGUCAAGGGCGGAGGAAGCAUUGCUGCGCGAGGAGCGGGGAGCAGGUUUGGACUCGGGGUGGGGAUGAGCAAGGGAAGGAUGGGAGGUGGAGGGGCGAUGUUUGGAUGAGCCAUCUGUAGAGGAGCAGCAUUCUGUCACGACUGCAAAGAGCUGUUCACGCUAUCUGAUCACAAUACCACGACCUUACCG